GUACAAAAGACCAACCUUCUUCGGUGUUCAUCCAAAAUCCCCGUUAAAGCUGUGGAAACCACAAGACCACCGAGACAAGAGGAUCGCCGCCGCCGCAACGACUCAUAACAUCCGUCCAAACAUCACUCUGUCGGCAUCCAACAUGCUCGAAUUCACAGCGAUGAAAGAAGACACGAUGUCACGGAAUGGCCAGAGCGAGCCCGCUAGAAAGCCGUCAGCCCCGAGCUCGCAAAUAUAAAAGAACUUCGAUGGCGUCAGGAGCAGGAGCAAGAGAGAAGAGUAACAGAACAACCACCACCGCCACCUCCAACUCUUGUCCAAGACUCCGACCGAGAACACAUCUCUCCGACUUUCUCGCGGGCCGUUACAUUUUGCUGCAGCAGAGACCACGGGGCGGUCUAGAAUGGAUCCGCGAAGAAGAAGAAAGCGCUCGCGCACUGGUGGUCAACGAGCCUGACGACAUCAUCUCCGUAGGUAGGCAACGCAGCAGCAGCAGCUUCAUAAGCCUGGCUCCAGGCAAAUCCCACACGAUCACGACCCGCAUAUGGCCCGACACCGAGUUUGUAGAGGAUCUGGAAGUUGGGGCGAGUUACUCGUAUCAGUAUAUAGAUAAUGAGAUUGCUUGGUGGGAUUGGGGCACCAAAGAGGUGAGUGAGUCCUUGACUUCUCAUGAGCUCCCCCUUUCUCCGGCUCCGAAUACGUUCGCUUUCAUUCAUCAUAACUAG